GUGCAUGCCGGGCUGCCGUCCGAGCGCUGUCUUCAUAUCGCUGGAGGACCGACGUCAGUGUUUGUGCUAUUUAGGGGAAGAUGGCGGAGGCUGCGGCUCUACCCCCUCAUCGGUUCUUCUGUCACUGUUGUAAGGGAGAAGUGAGCCCCAAGCUCCCGGAAUAUAUUUGUCCAAGAUGUGACUCGGGAUUCAUAGAGGAAGUAACAGAAGACUCCAGUCUACUGGAGGGUGGCGCUAUUGGAAUCGAUGACACAGCCACACAGUUUGCAGAGUUAUGGCACCUUCUGUUUGUGGACCGGCCUUUCACAACGGAUGGCGACAGCCCAGAUUCCGAGCCCAGGGUCCCUGGAGGGGGUCUGGGAGGUCUCAGCGGGCUAGGCGGGCUCGGAGGGGGGCCCAUCGGGGGUUCGGUUCCGGCGGGUCUAGGGGGUCCCAUCGGGGGUCCGUUUGGGUCUGGGGAACACUGGGGGCCGGGGCGUCCCCCUCGCCUGCACAGCCAGCGGAGGUACCGGUCCAGAGGCAGCAGCAGACCAGACCGGUCUCCUGCGGUGGAAGGGAUUGUACAACAGUUUCUGGCGGGUCUGUUUGUCAACUCUGGAGUCGCCGGGUCACCCCCUAUAUCAUGGACAGGGAUGCUGCACUCUAACCCGGGGGACUAUGCCUGGGGACAGGGAGGACUAGACGCCGUAAUAACGCAGCUGUUGGGACAGUUUGAAAACACGGGUCCGCCUCCAGCAGAGAAGGACAAGAUCUCCUCCCUCCCCACCGUCCACGUCUCUCAGGAACAAGCAGACUGCAGUAUGGAAUGUCCUGUUUGCAAAGAGGACUUCUCAGUCGGGGAGCCUGUCAGACAGCUACCCUGUAAUCACUUCUUCCAUUCAGACUGUAUAGUUCCCUGGUUGGAAAUGCAUGACACGUGUCCAGUGUGCAGGAAGGGCUUGAAUGGAGAGGACAGCAGUAGCCAGCCUCCCCCAGAGUCCCCCUCCCUCGCCACGGACUCGAGAACACAGGAGAGAUGGUCCUUCUGAGUCGCACACAUUCCCUUCUUCCCCCCCCAUCUAUGUUCACAGAAGUACCCAUUUCUUCUCCUCUCCCCUUCAUCACUACUACAAAAAAUAAACAUUUGCUUUGGUUUUUCCUUGACAUAUUCCUAUAACCAUGUACUCUGGACACACGCGCUGUGCUACAUGUUUUCCUCUCAUACUGACCUCGACGACCAGCCCAGGUGCAGUAUAUCUCGCUGUCGAUUUCCAGAGAGAAAACUAAGUUGAUUCCUCUGUGUCCUCUCACCAUACCGUAUGUUUUAUUUUUCCAGCCUGAAAAUUGCACUGCUGUAAUACACUGUCAUGGAAGCUCUCUCUGUAUUCCACAUGUUUUGUCUCUCUUCUGCGCUCAGCCUACACUCUGCUGAAGUUGAGUCUCCUAAAGUCUUAUGUUCUACAUCAGACACAACCCUUUUGCAUUGGUUUAUCUGUUUUCCUCCAAGAAAAAUAUGGGAAAUAAUGGCUUUACGGAGGGCCACCGACAGAGGUUGUGAAGGGUGUAUUAGGGUAAAGGUAUGGUCUUGUCUUUGGUGACAUCUGAAAGACUUAAAGGUUUUUUUAAGGAGAAGGCGGGCCCAGGGUCUUCCAGAUAAAGAGUAAACCCUGUUUUGUUUUGUCUGUCAUUAACAUCCAGGCGUUUGUUCUGCUGUAUAUAUUAUAUAAAAAAUAAGUCAUCUCUGCUCAUCAUUUUAUUAAUUGGUUAACUUGUCUUUUCUUUCACAUUUUUAUCACUUUUUUAUGUAAAUACUUUUAGUCCAAUUUAUGGUUUGAAAUUAAUAAACACGGCGAAUGAAAAAAAAAAAGUGAAAUCUGAUUAUCAAAAUAUGUAUAUUAUAUAUAUGAAAAAAUGUGUAUGAUGUUAUAAUAAAUUGGAACAAAUGUUGUA